CAGCUGAUGAUGGACAACCUUUUAGCUGCUACGGAACUAAACCGCUAGCGGUGCACCCUCGUUAAGAUGUGUGAGCGGUGUUAGCUGACCGUCAUAUGAAUGUGCUGUUUUAGAGUUCAGUAAAGGUGUGCUAAAGAACAUAGACGGGUCAUAUAAACGUGCCCAUAUACCAAACCGGCGUUUAAGUACCACGCGUAGAUCAAUGCUACUCGCGUUAGCUCACUGGUGUAGUUUGACAGUAGCAUCAGAGGAGUGAAACCGGCUAACCGGCUAACCGCUAGCUGUUAGCUGCUACACUUAGCCUGGCAGGCUAGUUAGCUCUGUUCUGUUCACUACUUCGGUCUGGACCGACCGAGUUUCAAUGCUGCUGUUUGUCAAGUGGUAGCAACCCACGCGAGCCCUGGAUGAGAACUGGACCCGAGCCUCGGGCUGUCUAUGAUGUUCAAAGCUUUUUUUUGUUGCAUCACCUGACCCCUCCUGGUCUGUUUGACUAGCCAUUAUUACUCCCAAACCAAUCCCACAUUUCUGCUUGGCAACAGUAUGAUCAUUCACGUUGACCCCACCCAGCCCACUGGGACAAGAAUACCCCCAAACCAAGCUCGCAAAAUGAUAUGAUAGUAGCCACCUGGAUCACUUUUUGUGCUUGCAGGAGCCUUGCAAGGGUUCUGCUCUUCCUUUCCUCCUCAAACUCCCUCUGUCCAGUCUGGGAGACCCUUGCCAGUGUGGUCUCCGGCACUGGAACCAUGGGUAACAGCUGUGUGUGCCGGGAGGAUAGCGACUUGGAAGAUCAUCACCAUGGGUCGUCGAGGGCUACCAGAGGACAAGCCAGGCGGGUGGAUCACGGUACGGGCGUAGGUGUUGAUGCCGGAGAGGCGCGGAGCAGUAGACCCAGGGACCCAGUCAGGCCGCCACGGCGAGGGCGAGGGCCCCAUGAGCCGAGGCGGAAGAAGCAGAAUGUGGAUGGCCUGGUGCUGGACACGUUGGCUGUCAUCAGGACACUAGUGGACAAUGACCAAGAACCCCCUUACUCCAUGAUCACUUUGCACGAGAUGGCAGAGACAGAUGAUGGUUGGCUGGAGGUUGUCCAGUCUCUGAUUCGAGUGAUCCCAUUGGACGAUCCGCUUGGCCCUGCAGUCAUAACCCUUCUGUUGGAUGAGUGUCCCCUGCCCACCAAGGAUGCUCUCCAGAAGCUGUCGGACAUGUUGAGUCUGAGUUCGGCGGUAGCGCGUCAGGACGCUCUAAACCCAGCUAAACACCGAAACACCACAGCUGUCCUGGGCUGCCUCGCAGAGAAACUGGCUGGUCCGGCUAGUAUUGGAUUGUUGAGCCCUGGAACCCUUGAGUACCUUCUAGAGAGCCUGAGCUCUGAAGCCCACCCUACGGUCAUGCUGUUUGCUCUCAUCGCUUUGGAGAAGUUCUCCCAGACCAGUGAGAACAAACUGACGGUGUCCAAGUCGUGCAUCAGCAAUCGACUGGCUGUCCUGGAGUCGUGGGCGGAGCAUCCUGACUACCUGAAGAGGCAGGUCGGCUUCUGCUCGCAAUGGAGCCUCGACAACCUGUUCCUAAAGGAGGGUCGUCAGUUCACCUACGAGAAGGUCAACCUCACCAACAUCAACGCCAUGCUCAACAGCAAUGAUGUCAGCGAGUACCUCAAGAUCUCCCCGACUGGACUAGAGGCGCGAUGCGAUGCCUCGUCCUUUGAGAGCGUGCGCUGCACCUUCUGCGUGGAUUCAGGCGUUUGGUACUACGAGGUGACGGUCGUCACAUCGGGCGUGAUGCAAAUCGGAUGGGCCACCAAGGACAGCAAGUUCCUCAACCAUGAGGGCUAUGGGAUAGGUGACGAUGAAUACUCGUGUGCGUAUGAUGGCUGCAGGCAGCUCAUCUGGUACAACGCUCGCAGUAAACCUCACUCUCACCCCUGCUGGAAGGAGGGAGACGCCAUCGGUUUCCUGUUGGACCUCAGCAAGAAGCAGAUGAUUUUCUAUCUGAACGGACAUCAGCUGCCGCCAGAGAAACAGGUCUUCUCCUCAGCCACGUCCGGUUUCUUUGCAGCAGCCAGCUUCAUGUCUUACCAGCAGUGCGAGUUUAACUUUGGGGCCAAGCCUUUCCGUCACCCACCUUCUGUGAAGUUCAGCACCUUCAACGACUUUGCGUCACUGCUGCCUGGUGAAAAGAUCAUCCUACCCAGACACCGGCGUCUGGCCUUACUAAAGCAGGUUAGCAUCCGAGACAACUGCUGCACGCUGUGUUGUGAUGUCAUGGCGGACACGGAGCUGCGGCCCUGUGGACACGGUGGUAUGUGUAUGGAGUGUGCCUUACAGUUAGAGACGUGCCCCCUGUGCCGCCAGGACAUCCAGACCCGCGUCAGACUCAUUGCACAUGUCUCCUGACGAACCUCCUGCCCCUUCUCCAUCAAGGAGAGACACACAAGCCCCACAGCAUCGCCCUCCUCCUCCUCUAAUCCCCUCUCACCCGGCAGGGCUACGAGCGCUGUGCCACGGCGUUGUGACGAUACCAGAGCUAGGACUUCUGGUACGAGGAAGCGGCGAUGGAGGGGGGGAGUGAAGAAAAAGAGGAGAUGAGAGGAGGGGGAUUCAAACCACAGCUGGAUCCCUGGGAGCUUUCCCCCAUUGGCCUACAUCUCCUCUUUUGUAUCCUUCUGACAGCUCGCUGCAGAAGCCGGGCCAAGAAUUGUCAACUUUCUAUAUAAACAGCGUUCAUUUCAGAAACGAGGAGCAGAAACAAUUUAACAACAUUACAGACGGAACCAUUCUCUCAUCUGCAAGCCCCUGUGUAGUUAUCAGACAUCCUUUCUAUGAUAUGAGGAUCCCACCGCGCUUUCAGUCCACAGGCUGCUACUAUUUAAUCCCAUCAUCGUCACGCACACGUCUGCAGAUCAGAAAGGGUAACAGAAAAGAUCACCACCUGUCGUACAGUGUUAACCCCAAGGUACAAAUACAUUUGCGAUGAAUCUCACUUUCAUGUUUUUGGGGUGUAGAUAAGCAAACUGUGGUGUUUUCGAGGUAGCAUUUUCAUUCUCUUUUCUCCAGCUUAUACCGACACGUCUCCCUUUGUCAGCCUCACAGUCUGUGCUGAUUGAUUUCCCACAGGGAGGGUUUGCCUUUUGGAAAAAAGAAAUGUCAGAUUUUACUCAGAAAGUCAGAAAUCUUUAAAGUUGCAGAAACGAUUCCAAUAUUUUUUCUAAAUAGUUUUCUGAUUCGGUUUACAAAUGUUGGAAAUUAAAUCAGCUGUGAGAACGUUUACGAAAAUAAUCUUGACAACCAGUGAAAAAAAACAACAACUUGAAUCUGCAUUAUAAGUAAUUUUUUACACAGCUGACCCUGCUGCUUCUCAGACGGUAUAUGUCCUCAGUCAUGUAUGCAACAAACAGCAGAUGUAUACACAGAGAUCAGAAUUGACAGAAAGUUACAAUUAUAACAAUUCUAAGUGCUUAUGUAUGAAGAGCCAGUGAGGGAGAAGUGAACAACUGAAUUUCCACCACCGUCACAAUUUAUCUGAGAUUGAUUGAAUGGUGAUGACAACCUUUGACGCAGUGCCACCACGAGUCAGACUUUGAGUAAAUAUGUCUUCAUUUUUUUUUGUUUAUGACAACACGUACAGUUGUCUGUAUUAAGAAGACUAUUUACAAUCCUCAAUAUGUGAUUUGAUUUUGUUUUAUUAAUGAUGGUGAACGCUGAUGUAGUAACUUGGUUGAGGAGCACAGCAGGUUUUGUUGAUGGACAGUGUUGUAUUAGCAGAUCAGUAACUUGCUUAAAACAAAUGUGAAAUGUUUAAGUGGAUCGUUUUUUUUUUUCUUUUUUCUAAUAUCGGGUUAACUAAAUAUCCCAGAGUCAUUUUUAAGAUGUCGUUUUGGGUCUGAUUUGGCAGAAAAAUACUUGACAUCAAUUAGCAAACAAACUACCCACAACACAGUACCAGGACCUGAAGAGUGUGAGCUUCAGAACAGAGUACUGUAUGUUUCACUUGCUUCCAAUCACAGCAUACAGAAUAAAUGUUGUCUAAACAAGUUAUUUUAGAUUGGAAGGGUAUCUUCCAAUGUAUCUUUCAGACUGAUUUAAAUUGUGGUGACCCUAUUUGUGCUUUAUAUGACAUGACAGUACAUCUCGCUGCUCUCAUUUAGCCAUUUCUCCAUCUUUCUCCCUCUGUCUUGAUAAGAACCUCUUGUUUUCUCUCCAUCCUUUACUUGAAGCAUCUCUGGGUUGACUGAAUGAUGUUUGUACUUUGGAAACAGGUGAUGAGAGAUUGUGACCGAAGAAACAUUCUAUUUGUACAAUUAUAGAAAUAUAAUCGGGUGACAUUUCAAAUUAUCACAAUGAUGAAUUUUGAAUUUGUUUAUGAAUAGUUACUACUCCACCAAAUUGCAUGAACAGGAUCUGUAAAAUCAUUCAGACUAUACUGGAAUGAUUUCUCAAAGGUAACUUCUCUCAGUAGGAGACUGAAGACUGGUCCAGUCACUGUUUUGCUCGCUUGUAUUUCCUGGAGCACCUGAUACUGUACAUGCAGGUGAGAGAAAUGAUAUGUUUGUCUCUAUGGCUAGAGAUGAAGUUCAGGAUUGUAAAGAUUAAGUUGUGGAUCGUAUUUAAAACGUCUAUAAAGGAAUUCUGCCCCAGAGUUCCCAAAGAUGUGAUUGAAGAAUUAUCGUUUCCUGGAUUGUGAUAUUUGUAAUAAAUGUAUGUCCAUGUGAUAUUUGUUUUGUCUGACUGAGUGGUGUUUAUUUACAUCUAAAAAAUGUCUCAAGAACAGGUACUAAUCUGAUUAUCACCAAUUUAAGUUUUUUUACAGAAACACUUGGCAUUAACACGUAACUAAACAAAAGGCUUAAACACUAUUAUACUUUUAUUUUCACAGACAUUGAUUCUU